AGGAAGUACUAUCAACCUUGGUGGGGAGAGUGUAGUCCAACUAAAGGAGAUAUUUUAAUUUAAAUAAUUCGACUUUAUGGCCACAGGCGCAGCUGGUGUAUUAGAGAAGUAUAUAAGUAGACAGUAGACAGUGUACGGCACCACCGGGACUUUACUGUAAAACCUAUAGGAGCAUGUGAAGGGCAGACAGGAGGGUGUUUGUUUAGAUAAACCAUGUGGAGAAGGUCACUGAGUGCAGGCUGCAGAUGUUUUGGCUUCGGGAGUAUUGGAGCAAAGAGACGUGGACAGUUCCACUCACUGCACACCUGCAGCCCCCCUGCCCUGCCCGUGGGCAGGAUCACGGCCCUCCAGGCCCUGGAGUUUUGGAAGAAGCACUUUGAGGAGAGCGGAGUGACGGAGCCCGAUCUCUCCAGCCACUACAUCGUCGCACAUUCACUGGGAGGAAAAACUAUUGAAAGUCUAGAGCAGAGGAAGUUGACAGAGUUUCUGAGCCGAGAAAAAACCGAGCAGAUCUGGAAGCUCUGCACCAAACGUCUGUCCAGGAUGCCAGUGCAGUACGUGAUCCAGGAAUGGGACUUCAGGGAUCUGACCCUGACCAUGAGGCCUCCUGUCUUCAUACCAAGACCUGAGACUGAGGAGCUGGUUGAACUGGUGCUCACUGAUCUAAAAAACAAACCCAGCUCUGGAGACACGGUGCAGACGUGUUUGGAGGUAGGAUGUGGUUCUGGGGCAGUUUCUCUCAGCCUGCUGUCCAGUUGCCCUCAGCUUCAAGUCGUGGCCUUGGAUCGCAGUCAGGAAGCCGUGGAGUUGACCAAAGAGAACGCCAGCAGACUGAAGCUUCAGGACAGAAUCCAGAUUCAUCAUCUGGACUUUAUGACAGAGGCCGAUGAGGCGUGCAGCCGCUGCAGCCCUGUGUCUGUGCUGGUCAGUAACCCUCCGUACCUGUUCUCUGACGAUGUGAAGACCCUGGAACCAGAAAUCCUUAGGUUCGAAGACCCGUUUGCUUUAGACGGAGGCAGCGACGGCCUCACAGUGAUCAAACAGAUUUUGACGGUGGCUCCGAAGAUUCUGUCCGACCGUGGUGGCAUUUAUCUGGAGGUGGACCCCCGACACCCCCCCCUCAUCCAGCAGUGGGUGGAGGCGAAUGUGGCAGAGCUGCGUUAUGUGGAGACACGGCCCGACAUCAACAGCAGGCCUCGAUUCUGUGUUCUUCAGAAAAAGCAGCGAGAGCUGGACGUGAAAUGAGAAGCUGAGAUCCUAUUACUCCGGCUUUAGCCGCGGUCGGCUCCACUAAGCCAUCUGAGCCGCACGCCACAAAUCACACCAGGCAAAAAUCACCUUCCUGAGCUGCAGCGUUCUCCUGAUCCAGUCAGAUUCUCGGUCACACCCUGUUCCCUAAUACAAAUGUGUGUCAGAGAACACAAAAGCAGGCUCAAAGCUGAAGGUAAUUACACAGGCUUUCUCAGAAGCCACCCUCUCAGAAUCUCAGCCUCCUCCCUGGAAGCACCAGGCAGUUCUGUGAAUCUGCCAAUGAACGGCCCUCCCCUCCGCCCGUUCAUUCGCUGACUCAGAUGCAGGCUGCGCGCAUUUUAGAAAAAAAAAAAAAAAAAAAAAAAAAACUCUUUGUGGCCUUCACGGCCUCGCUCACACAAGGAGCUCAAAGGCCACGGAGUUGUUGCAUUUCAAAGAAGAUUAACGAGGAAAAUGGCUACAGGGAAAAAGUGUUCACUGUAGUGAAUGAUCAUUAAAACAAAGACAGAAUCUUCCUGUGAGGAGAGACAGAGACAGGAGGAGUGGAGAACGUCAGACUGAAAAUGCUUGUUUUAAUAGAAAAAAAUGAACAUUUGUAAAAUGUAGAAAAUAUGUGACAAAAUAAAACGAUGCGUUCAAAGGAAUCUGUGUCCAGGAAAUAAAAUGUUCACCUUGAACUGAGGAGAGUAAAAUACAAACAGACAAUUUCCACAUCCACCACAGAAUGAGUGUAGAGUACAGUACUGACUUUCUCCCCCUCUCCCCCCCCCCUCU